CUCGCACUUGACUUCUCUCUUCUUGCCUCCUCCUCCUCCUCCUCCUCUUCUUCCCACCCACACAGACACAGGCUACGCAAGGUUUUUCCUCCCCUCUCAAGUCUCAACUACCCAACACGCUUCUCGCCGAUUUCAUUUCACGACAUUUUCCUCCCGAUCUUCAUGCCAAAGCUUCUCGCCAUCUCCAUCUUGCCGUUUAUUUUGGUCGUAGCCAAGCACUGAAUCUUCAACACGCUUGCCGUUUAUUUUGCAGAGCGGCGAGGGAGGAGAAGGAAGAGGAGCGGGGGAUGGCGGGCUGCGGUGAAGCCAAGACAUCAUCGGUUUCCAUGGAUGAAGAGGCGUGCGGCAUAGAGAAGAAGUUUGGCGGGAUGGCGCCCAAGAAGCCUCUCAUAUCAAAGGACCAUGAGCGUGCCUACUUCGACUCCGCAGAUUGGGUCCUUGGCAAGCAAGCUGCAAACAGCAGCUCAACGGCUGCGGUCGAAUCGCUCAAGCCCAAGCUCAAGGUCAGUACAACAGCGGGAAGCUUCAGCCCAGCUAAACGAUACUGUCAGUCAGGUCAACUGAUGCUAUUUUUUCCUGCUUGCUUCUUCAGAGAACUCCUCAUCCCCAGCUUCCCCCUCGCAAGCCCACCUGUGCGUCUGGCUGAGACACAAGGGGGUCACACUGCAGCAGCAGCAGCCAGCAGGUGAAGAGCUCGUAGGGAGGAGAGGAGCGAGCUCGGAUUAAUGUUGUUUAGCUGCUCCCAAAUUCGUAAUGUAGGAAACAACUUUGCAUGCGAAUUGGCUUGGCACUUGCUGCCUCUACGUCUGUCACAAGUGAUUAACCGUCGCUAUCAUGGUUAUCGAGUCGGAUGGCAUUUGCUGUUUCAGCAACCUUGCUACUAUAUUCGCCCUAAAAUAACAAGCUCCAUACAAAUAAAAA